AUGUGGCGCGGUGCCCUUCCCCCGUCUGGCCCCGAGGCCUCAGGAGAACCUGGGUCAGGGGUCACCAAUCGAGUGGGGGUUCAGGAAGCAGAGGACAUGGCCAGAGCCCUGUGGGAACCCCUGGUUUUCUCUCUGUACACUGAGGACACCAGCAUCACACUGACUGAAAAUCAGCACGCACAGGACCCAGUAUCGAUGGAUCGCCGCCCAAAAGAGGCUGAGAGAAAGCAGGCAUUCAUCUCACCCUCUCAAACAAGGAUCCUGGCGCAAGCCUUUGAGAGGGACCGCUUUCCUGGCGUCCCCCACGCGGAAGAACUGGCUCGUCAAGCAGGACUCCCCGAACCUCGAGUCCAGAUAGUUCAGAGCCAGAGAGCUCGUCACCUGGAGCAGAGCGGAGGUGGGCCUGGGAAGGCCGAGGCAGAAGCCCUCAGUGCCAGAUGA